CGCAAUGGCGUCUGUGGAAACCAUUUUUCGCUUGUUUUUACUUGCUUGAAGUGGCAGUUAGCAUGUAAAAAUCAAUGGUUUGGAAGGAUGGGCAGUCUGGAACAUGGCACGUUUGACACCAAACUCCAUGAGGCUGUACGUUAUGGUGACCUAGAUGCUGUGAGAGUAGCUCUGCAGCAAGGCUACGACCCUAAUCUGAUUGGUCUGUAUCAGUGGAGUGCUCUACACGAGGCCUCACACAAUGGGGAGGAAGACAUCCUCAAACUUCUACUUAAACACAAAGGAAACCCAGACAAGCCAGACUCCCUGGAUGGACUUACGGCUUGUCACUAUGCAGCCCAGGCAGGCCAUGUUGACUGUCUCGCUAUGCUGCUUGAAGCUGGGGGUCACUGGGAUGUUACAAACAAGCAGGGGCAGACAACUCUAGAUGUUGCUGCAGAGGAAUGCCGAAAUAUCUUGGAUAAAGCUAAAUGUCAAGUGGAUGAGAAGGAUAAGAAGACAGAGUUAAAAACAAACAAGGCACCUGUUGACCUUUCCGACCCUAUAAAAGAUGAUCUGUCAUUAUCAGGAGAUUCAGCUGUGGAGUCUGUUAAUCAAGAUCAUGUGACGGUCAAGGACACUGUUAAUCAAGAUCUCAUGACGGUCAAGGACAAGAGAGCUAAAGAUCCUGUUCUGGGCUACCUUCAUCUGACAUUUGAAUACCAUGCUAAGAAAAAUACACUAAAGAUUAGAGUAUGGCAAAUCACAGAUCUUCUUUUACCACCGCCUACAACAUCAAUGAUACAUUCCAUUUAUGUGAAGACCUACCUCAUGCCAGACAAGAAAAAAAAUUCUAAAAGGAAAACAGAAGAAAUACGAGUAGAAAGUACAGAGGCCCAUCUUCAGGUGAAGAAAGGAAACCUAGGGUACCAGCAUGUCUACUCCCCGACAACAUUCAAGUUUGCCAAGCCUCUAGAGUACACAGAUGUCACUGCCGAUCUUGUUCAAAAUCGUAGUGUGCAAAUUGAGGUUUGUAUCACGCAAAAGUAUUCAAAACGCAGCUUUUUGAUUGGUCAGUACCACUUGUCGUUGAAGUCUGCGGUGCGUAAGUUGGUGCGGACAAGUUAUCCUCUGAUUCCCUGUAUGAACCACACUAUACCUAACAACAUGAAAGUUUACUAUGCUUCAGACCUUCAUGUAACCAACUCGGCACAGGUGUUUUAUAGUAACCCCAACAUCAGAAACUUGUCUCUCAGUGACUUGUCUGAGGGAUCAGAACGUGCACUUAGCGAACUUGAGCUCACAGGGGUGACAAUCGGAGAUGACACGGUCUCACCUUCCGAUGAUUCUGUAGUAAAAGUGAAGGACUUCGAUGAGGAAGUGCCAAAGACUACGCUGAAACGUGUGACAAUAUUAGAGGAUGAGGAUUAUAACACAGAUGUGGUCAAGGUCAAUAUGAAAAAGGUCACAGGGUCAAGUGUUCAGGGUUCAGAGGUCAAGGGAAGUUCAUCUAGUGUUAUUGAUCUAUCACAUCACAGUUUAGGUAGUACUCGCACGACGACGGCUGAGACAAGUACAUUUGUACCGAUACCAGAAAAAUCAAAUCUCGGUCAAGAUAAAAAACGUCAGAAAAAGAUACAAAAGGGGGUUCAUGGUAAACACACAGAAAAUCAUGGAUCCAACUCGAGGCCUGAGACUCCUACCUGGGAUUAUUAUGAUUUUGACACAGGCACCAGUGUUGUAGAGAUCCCAUUUGAGGAUGAUGGGCCUGGUGUGGAGAGACCCACUGUACACAAACCUACAGUACACACUGUCGCCCCAAUCUGUCUCCCCAUGGAAACCACCAUGGGACUACAGACAGAACGUAGGUCACAGCGACAGAAAGGUCAGAGAAACUUAGAUACAGUUCCCAUCAUAGUCGUCACACAGGACGACGCUCCAAAGUCUACGACAGUUGAUACUACAAAGAUAAAAAAACUCACAACACCCAAAAAAAUCAUUGCUAAUGUCACACCUCGGGAUGUUGAAAUUGAAAUGGACAGUUUAGGUGUGAAGUCUAAAACUAAAGAUCAUAGGUCAUAUAAAAGUUCAAAGUCAAGGUCAAAAGGGGUCGCAGUAGAGGUUGCUGCAGAUGUGCAUGUGGAUGGACAUCAUAGAGUUAACAGUGAUACAUCCAUUGAGAUCGAACCUGAGGAUUCUUACGUCAUUGAUUUUGAACAAAUAGAGGAGAGUGAUUCCAUCAUGCAGUCAGACUUACUAAAACAACACAAGGUGCCAAUGCAAGUGUUUAUAGAUGAAACUUACGAUAGUAUGGAUGAGUUUAGUGUCAGUUCUAGUAGAAGUACACAACCUUACCUAACACUGGGGAGGAUGACACCCAGGGAUACAGGGACCUUCUCAGGGGACGAAGAUCUAGAGGUGAUUGAGGUUUAAUAUUCUGUAUUAUUACUGGGGACGAGAUGUCCCCAGGGAUAGAGAAACCUUCCCAGGGGACGAGGCGUCCCCAGGAUACACCAACCUUCCCAGGGGACGAGACAUCCCCAGGAUACACAAUCCUUCCCAGGGGAUGAGACGUCCCCAGGAUACACAAUCCUUCCCAGGGGAUGAGACGUCCCCAGGAUACACAAUCCUUCCCAGAGGACGAGGAUCUACAAGUGAGUCCUUACCUCAGAACAGUGGAUUCAGAUUUCCUAUUAAUGGAAAUGGUGAGGAUGUGGAAGUCUACAGGAUCCUGUUUCUUAGUAAUAAGAAAAGAUGAAACUCUUAUUAUUGUUGUCUACAUUCUACCUCAGUGAAAAUUAAGGUUCUGGAGAAAAUGUAGUCUAGGGCCGUUUUCGUUUUUGCGGUCCAAACGGUUUGACCAGUGUUGAUUGUUAAUGAAAUAAAGAUGGGCCUGGUGAUUUUAUAUUGUUUUCAGACGAGCCUUGAC